AUGGAUCAGAUAUGGGUAAUCGACGAUAAAACAGGAGAGAAGACCCUGAUCUACAGCGCCUUGGAUCCAAAUGGACCUGCCCCGAGUGGAGAGACUCAGGCAGGCCUAGUUGGCACAGUGAGAUGUGUGGUAUGCAACAAAGAUGCGAUUCUACACUGCUCCCUUUGCAAAUGCACAAGUUGGUGCUCCAAGGACUGUCUCGUCGGCAAUAAGGCACUACACGACACCUUCUGCAAAGCCUUUGUCAAGUUUCUCGAAGCCGGUCCAAGACCCACGCCACGUGAAGACCGUUGCUACAAACUUGGUGCGCUUUUGCCAGAGGAUUCUACAGAACCUCGGUAUGUAUGGGUCGAGGUUGAGUUGUUGAAGAUGGAUACAACAGAUGGCAAGAAGAUCGAUGUGCAUACCGUUUAUCCGAUCCUGCCAUUGCUGCCAGAUGGUAUUGACAAGAGAACUCUGAUGCCCGUGGACAAAAUCAGAAUUUGGCGCGACGAGAAGGCCGGUUUCGACUUCGGUAACACACUCUUUCUAUGGUAUAGGGACAACUUCUUGAUGGACGGGUCGGUACAAAACAAGUAUGUCGACAAGUUGCUUGAGGGUUGGAGAAAACGAUACUGGAGAGGACCUUUGUUGGUACUGAGUGGGCUGGUAACCAAAACCGCUAGACAAUUUCAUUUCAUGUUAGACGUCACCCCAAGUGAUGUUCAACGUGCCGGUCAAUACUUUGCGAUAAAUGGACCUUUCGCUGACGAACUUCCUGCUACUCCACUGCGGGAAUUAUUGAAAGAUUGCUGGAGCACUUACGGACUGCGAGGCUCUCCAACUCAAGGACCUGUUAGUAAGUGUCCCUUUGGCUUUACAAAUAUCCGUUUGAAUUCAACCACAAUUUGCUUGUUUGAGACAACGACUGACAAUCACUGGAACUAGCGAAUGGCAGAGUUACUGUAGUCCCACCAGACUUCGAUGUGAAUUCCCUUUGA